UUCGGGAAGGCGAAAAGUGAGACCCUUACUUGAACGAGCAUACUUUGUCGAUUUUGUUGUGAUGAGGUCGAGGCCCAUGCAAUAAUUCUCGUUUUUAUUUUCAGACUUAGAACAAAAAAAGGCAUAUUCAUUAAGAAAACUGUUCUUUAGGCGUGUUUUCAGCAGUUUUCCGGUUAAAAGGAAUAGUGCUUCCUGGUCAGCUGGGAGCGCAGUGAGACGAUGUCAGUGCAACCACGGCGUGUGCGACUCAAGCCCUGGCUGAUAGCACAGGUGGACAGUGGCCUCUUUCCAGGCCUUGUGUGGCUUGACCGAGAGGCUAAGCGCUUCCAGAUCCCUUGGAAACAUGCCACGCGCCACACUCCCCAACAUGAGGAAGAGAACACCCUCUUCAAGGCCUGGGCCGUGGAGACUGGGAAGUUUCAGGAAGGUGUCGACGAGCCUGAUCCAGCCAAAUGGAAAGCUCAGCUCCGCUGUGCCCUCAACAAGAGCCGUGAAUUUAAACUCAUCUAUGAUGGUACCAAGGAAGUUCCCAUGAACCCUCUCAAGAUCUAUGAUGUCUGUGACAUUCCCCAGCCUUUCAGCAACCCAGGGUCCACAGGGUCUGUCCCUGAUACAGAUGGAGAUGAGGAUGAUGUGCCUGAGACCCCAGAGCCUCCUCCUCCAUAUCCACCACACGGCCCAAACUCUUCUCCACUUGCUCCUGUGUGGUCUCCUGCUGGCUCAGUCUCACCCAUGCAGCCUCCUAGCUGCCCGCCACCCACUGAAACCUGGCCCAAAAAGGAGCCUCUGGAAGUGGAAAUGCAGCCUGCACCAAUGGAAGUGCAAGCCCCACCUAUGCCGAUGCCUACUCCACCUAUGCCGAUGCCUACUCCACCUAUGCCAAUGCAAAGUGCACCUCUGGAGAUUCAGACACCAACGCUACCACUGUCUGAUGCCAUGUUUGCCACCCCAGAGACAUGGAUCAGCUCCCUCCCCAUGACAGACCUGGAGGUUCAGUUCUAUUACCGGGGCAAAGAGAUGUGCCCGCCUAUGACCGUGAGCAACCCACAGGGCUGUCGUCUGUUCUAUGGGGACCUGGGCCCAAUGGUGAACCAGGAGGAGCUUUUUGGGCCAGUAAGCCUGGAACAGCUUCGAUUCCCCACCACAGAGCACAUCACCAACGACAAGCAACGCAUCUUCACCAACCGUCUGCUGGACGUCAUGGACCGCGGCUUAAUCCUGGAGGUGAGCGGUCAUGAUAUUUACGCCAUACGCCUCUGUCAGUGCAAGGUCUAUUGGUCUGGCCCCUGUGCCCCGAACCCCAACACACCCAACCUCAUCGAGCGCCAGAGAAAAGUCAAGCUCUUCUGUCUGGAGUCCUUUCUCAGUGGUGUGAUUGCACAUCAGAGAGGUCAACCUACCAGCCCUCCUGACUUUGAUAUCCAUUUGUGCUUUGGAGAGGAGUGGCCUGAUGGCAGGCCCAGAGAGAGAAAACUCAUCAUGGUGCAGGUCAUCCCCGUAGUGGCUCGCAUGAUUAGCGAAAUGUUCUCCGGCGACUGCACGCGCUCCUUCGACAGCAGCAGCGUGCGCCUGCAGAUCUCCAUCCCGGAUAUAAAGGACAACAUUGUCACCCACUUAAAGCAGCUCUACCACCUCCUGCAGACCCACCAGGGUCAGGAGAACUGGCCCCUGCCUCCAGGGGCUGACAUGCACUUACCCCAGGCCCUGCAAGCACAGUGAACACGACGGGGCUGUUCUCUGCUGACGCUGGAAGAAGUCCAUCCAUUACUGUGCCUUGAGGGGAACUAUAGUCAGCAAAGUCUGAACAGCUAUUAUGCAGCUUGUGAUCUACUUGUUCUUGCUGUGGGAUAGAUUCAGGGCAAUAUAUCUGUCUUUUGUAGACACAGUUUUCCUCAUGUACUUAAUUAAAGCUAAAUACAUAUGUAUUACAAGUCCUGGUACAUCUCUAGCUUUCUAAGGCCUUUCACUCAGAAAUGGUGCAGGUUUAGAUAUUGGGCAGUUUGAAAAAUACCAAAGAGACACAAGCAGCACAAGGGGUCAAAGUCCUGGUUUCAGGGUAAGUUUUUAGGCAGUCAAUAAUUUACAGCUGUCACUGUCUGGGCAGUGUAACAUGACUUUAGCAGAAUGUUCAAUAUGCAACAGGCCGGUAGCCACUAGAUGUUCGGAUUUCAACACUUUUAUUUAACACCAUUAUUUUGUGUGAACCUAAUCAGGCUUUUUCUAUGAGGGUUCUCUCUUGCUUGUGAAAAAUAUGUAUCUUUUUAUAUUCAGUGUGUUUAGUGUGUAUGUGUUUAUCCCAUGUACUCUGUAGGUGUUUGUUCGUAUUCCUGUUGCAGGUGAAUUAUGAAACCACCGCUAUAGAUCUUGCUUACUAAUAGAUCCUAUUUGUACAUCCUGCCAAUGUGUAAUUUUAAUCACAAUCACCGUAGAUACUGGUUUUGUGUUUUUGAUUUUUGUAAUAGAAAAUACACAUUUUACUCCAAUAACCCUCUAUCAUCAUUGCCAUUUGACAUGGAGUACUGUUACUCCAUUGUCAAUAGAAAGCUAUUUACUGCACUUUUGAGAGCCUCAACUUGUUAUUUCUUCCUUUUCCUUCCAUGUAAAAACUCUGCUUUUA